AUGGGGAGCGACGACAGCGGCCGUGGCAGCAUCGCCUUCUUCGGCACCUACCGCCCGCCAGUGCCACUGGAUAUCUACUCCUGCCCGGCCGACCCGCCGCCGUCCUCGCGGGAGGACGAGCACCACCUCACCGACGGCGUGUCCUACAACCAGAACGGCCGGGCCAUCCCGGCGGCCGCGCUCAAGGAGCUCCUCACGUUCCUUGGCAAGAAGAACCCCGCGCUCGCCGCCGAGUGCGGCGCCACGCCGGACGACGCCGAGCAGGGCCGCGUCGCCGGCCUCGUCUUCGUCUCCGAGAGGGACAAGGGGCUCGAGACGCUGCACGUGGCCCUUGUGCGCCCCAAAGGCGAAGGUGGUGCGGUGAAGGUGCUGAGCCUGGGCGACGUCUAUGGCGCCGGCACCUUCGGCGGCUCGCGGAUGGAGGACAGCGGCUGCGUCGCCGGCGGCUUCAAGGUGGGCGCUCGCGCCGUCGGCCACUCCCUCGUCUACGUCUCCACCAAGGAGCCGGUGACGAGGCGCCGCACGCCCUGGACCGUGGUGUACCGGACCAACCUCGCCGACGGCAAGACCGAGCGCCUCACCCCGCCAGGCCAGUACGACGUCAGCCCGGCCGUGUCGCCCUCCGGCAAGAUGGUGGCCGUGGCCAACUUCCGCGGGAACAAGUGGACGGGCGAGAUCGAGCGCCUCAACACCGACAUCGCCGUCAUGAACGUGGACAGGACGGCGCAGGGCGGCCUGCGCCGCAGGAUCCUCAUCCGGGACGGCGGGUGGCCGACGUGGGGCAGCGACAACGUCAUCUUCUUCCACCGAGGGACCGGCGAGUCCCCGACGAACUGGGCCGUGUUCCGCUACGACAUGGCCACCAAGGAGACCGUCCGGGUGACGCCCGAGGCCAUCGACGCCAUGACCCCCGCGGCCAUCAGCGAGACCAGGGUCGCCGUGGCCGCCAUCCGCCAGAAGUCUAGGCAGGCCGCCAUGACCACGCCGCGAGAGGAGGCGCAGUACCGCCACAUCGAGAUCUUCGACGUCGCGUCGCCGGACCGCCCCGCCGUGCAGAUCAGCCAGAAGAUCAGGCCGAAAGGCGACCACUACAACCCUUUCGUGGCCGACGGCGGCAGCCGCAUCGGCUACCAUCGGGUCAGAACCGACGAUCUCGUCAUUGGGAAUAAUCUUUCUGCCCCUAACAAGAGCUUCGACAAGAUGCACUCCCCUCACACAGAUGUGGGGCUGUUCCGGGUGUCGGGUGUGUUCCCAACCAUUUCCAAGGAUGGCGCCAAGCUCGCCUUCGUCGACAACGAGUUCAAGGCCGUGUGGCUUGCCGACACCCAAGGCCUGCGCGUCGUCUAUGAGAAGCGGGGCUCCAACAGCGUCUUCUCAACGGCGUGGAACCAGAACCCGGACAAGGACACGUUGUACGUCUGCGUGGGCCCGUCCUUCUCCGCCGCCAAGCCAUUGGAGAUCUACGCCAUCUCCAACGUGUCCGGGCCGUCCGCCGGCCGGAAGGUGCAGCGCCUCACCGCCGGGAACUUCAACAACGCCUUCCCGUCGAGCAACGCGCAGGGGGACAAGUUCGUGUUCCGGUCGACGAGGGACGGCGGCAAGGACAAGUUCCACAAGAACCUCUACAUCAUGGAGGACGCGGAGGAGGGGGAGUUCGGCCAGGGCACGGUGACACGGCUCACCGACGGGCCGUGGACCGACACCCACUGCAGCUGGUCGCCCAAGGGGGACUGGGUCGUCUUCUCCUCCACGCGCGAGAUGCCGGCCAGCGCGCCGGGGAUGGCCUUCCUCGACGCGGGCUACUUCGCCGUGUACCUGGUGAAGGUCAGCGACCCCACGGUGGUGGUGCGCGUGGUGCAGAGCUCGGCUACCCUCGCGGGACACGUUAACCACCCUAUUUUCAGCCCCGACAUGAGGAGCAUUGUCUUCGCCUCCGACCUCGCCGCCGUCUCCAACGAGCCGAUCUCGAUGCCCGUCUUCCUGCACUCCGUUAGGCCCUACGGCGACAUCCUUUCGGUCGACCUCCGCGACACUGAUGACAUCACCAAGAACAAGGACAUCCAGGAGUUCCACCGCAUCACGCACAGUCGCUACGAGUACUCCACUCCGACGUGGACCAAGUUCGCCACCGACGACCCCAAUGAGCAGUGGAACAUGCUCGCCGCCAAGGGCAGCACCCCAUUCAGGCCGGCGUGCCCUUACAUGUACCCUGACGGAGGAGAGGGCUGGCACAUGGCCGGCCACCUCACCAUCCCAAAGAGAUGCUGCUAG